AUGUCCGGCUCAGCACAAGGCAGCAACGACAUGAAGAAGGCCGUAGUCAACGACUCCAAGAACGGCGAGCAACCGCUGGCGCCCGAGAAGAAGCCCGCAACACAACUGGAGGAGGACGACGAGUUUGAGGACUUUCCUGUAGAGGACUGGACUGAGGAGGAGACACAGAUCCCCAACGGCAACACACAUCUUUGGGAAGAGAGCUGGGAUGACGAUGACACAAACGACGACUUUGCGGUCCAACUGAGGGAGGAGCUUAAGAAGCUGGGCAAAUGA